AUGUAAACAAUCAAGAUGGUAGCUUAACGUUAGAAACCCUGGAAAUAUUUGCAAUGACAUAGUUGCCCUUCAGUUUGGUAGUAUUAUCAGUCGGAUGCUCGACACUAUUUAUCUUCUCUCAAUCUUGUAGUUUGAUCGCAUUUGAUUAAGCUGUCACCAUGACUCGAGAUAUAGUGAUUGGAGAUGAACUACCUGACUGGGUGGGAGCCAAGGAGUUCUACCAGAAAUAUGACCCGAAAGAGGUGAUUGGCAGAGGUGUGAGUAGUGUGGUGCGCAGAUGUGUGCACAAGCACACAGGGCAGGAGUUGGCAGUGAAGAUUAUAGAGAUCACAGCUGAGAAGAUGACCGCACAGCAGCUGGAAGAGGUGAAGAGCUCCACACUGAAGGAGAUCCAGGUUCUCAACAUGGUCAAAGGACACUCCUCUAUCAUCACUCUAAUUGAUUCCUAUGAGUCAACAACCUUCAUAUUUUUGGUAUUUGACCUCAUGAGGAGUGGAGAGCUUUUCGACUACCUGACAGAGAAGGUCACUCUCAGUGAGAAGGAAACUAGGUGUAUGAUGCGAUGUCUCCUGGAAGCUGUCCAGUACCUCCAUUCCCUCAACAUAGUUCACCGGGACCUGAAACCUGAAAACAUUCUGCUGGAUGACCAGGGACACAUCAAACUCUCUGACUUUGGCUUCUCUGUCCAGCUUCAGCCAGGCAAGAAUCUGAGAGAGCUUUGUGGGACACCAGGUUAUUUGGCACCUGAAAUCCUGAAAUGCUCCAUGGAUGAGACGCAUCAGGGAUAUGGAAAGGAAGUUGACCUCUGGGCGUGUGGGGUGAUUCUGUUCACCCUGCUGGCUGGCUCUCCACCCUUCUGGCACCGCAAACAGCUGCUGAUGCUCAGAAUGAUCAUGGAGGGCCGUUACCAGUUCAGCUCCCCAGAGUGGGAUGACCGGUCUGACACCGUCAAAGAUCUGAUUACCAGGUUGCUGGUGGUGGACCCAAUUGUCCGUCUCAACGCUGAACAAGCUUUGGCUCAUUCCUUCUUUAGGCAGUACCAAAGGGACGAGGUGCGUCACUUCAGUCCCCGGAAGACAUUCAGGGUACUGAUCCUGAGUGUGCUAGCCUGUAUCCGCAUGUACUGUCGCUACCGCAGAGCCAGGCCACUGACGCGGGAGGUCCUGGCCAGAGACCCCUACUCCUUGAAGGGAGUGCGCAAACUAAUCGACGGCUGCGCCUUCAGGAUCUAUGGACACUGGGUUAAGAAAGGGGAGCAGCAAAACAGGGCUGCUCUCUUCCAGAAUACGGCUAAAAUAAUGCUUCUUGGUUUAGAGGACUUUGAAACUUAAAAGAUCAUACUUGUUCUAGUAACUGCAUUAGCUUUAUGUAGUUUGACAUUUUGGUGUGCAUAUUUUUUCUUUGUGAAUGCUAGGUCUCGUUACAUAGGAUGAGGAAUUCAUGAUCCGGUGACAUGUUCGCCUUAAUGCGAAUAAUGGCUCAUUAUUAUUUAUGGUUAAGUGGAAUUUGAGAUCGUUGUGGAUCCAGAGAUGAGAAUUUUGUGUUCAUUUUAGGGUCCAAGAGAGUGCUUUUUGAGACUACUCAAAUCAGCAGGCAAUGGUUUUAGGAAGCAAAAGUGACAAAGCCACUUCAAUGCACUAUAUUGUUCACAUAGGGCAAAAAAGGUGAACAUAUAUCCAUACCGAUGGUGCAGUUAAUGCUUGAAAAAGUUGUUUUUUUUAUUGCUAUGACAUCCUCUAUUGAGUUGACAUAACAUUAUUUUUUUCAAUGUUUACUUCUAUUUGCUACUUAAACCUGUAUUUUAGCAAUCAUAUAUUCUUACUGAAUCUAAAAUAACAUAGCGGAAAGUUAUUGAUUGCAGAAGAAACAUUAAACAUUCCAAAUAUAGUUUUCCAAUUUCCACUGAUAGUUUGAGUUAAGGAUAUAGGAAAUGAUGAAAUAACUGUUACCCCAGUCAGAUUAGGUUCCUUUCUGUGUUUGGUGUUUAGUGCAAUAUGACAAUUAUUGUAAUCAAUAGCAUUCCUUUUCAGUCCAGUUUGAGAUUUACUCAACUAAGUGUUCCUUUGCCUGAAUUUAAAAUGGCAUUCCUCAAUAAGUGGUGUACAAUAAUUGUACAACUGUGAAAGACCAAUGUUUUAUUGAUAAUGAAAGUAACCUAUUUACUUUGUAAUAUUUGUGUGUUGAUUAUGUGUUAAAGGAGUUAACAAAAGCAUGAUUACGCAAUCAACCUCUUUACUGACAGACACCCACAAAUAACCUAUAUCUCAAAUUUGACUAACGUGUUUUAGUGCAAAGAACAGCGUGUGCAAAGAACAGAAUGAAAUGCAUAGAUUAAAAUCAGGCUUUGAUGUUUACUUUUUGCCUUGGAGAUUGGUCUCCAGUGAAGUCAGUGCGCUAUUUAGCCGAUCUGCACUUUCCUUCAAUCGUUGUUCUAGUUGCCUUGACAUAUGUAUCAUCUCCUCUCUCAUUUCCUGUUGUAUUAUCGUCCUCAACUCUGACUUGGGCGAUGGAUCUAAUAGAGAAAAGAGACACUCUUACAAACAGGAAAUUUCACAAGUUGCAACUGAAGUGUCGAUAUUUAGAACCAGGCGUGUUACAACACAAUUUCUCUAGUCGAUACAGGUGCCUUGCAUGAGCAACCAUGUAAUACCUGUAUUAGCCACCUCUGGACCUGUGGUCAUUGCUUCAAUGGGCUGCUCCCCUUCUGCCGUUUCUGGCUCGUUUUCCUUCUUGCCGUACCCGUCUGGUGCACGCAGAUAAAACAUGAAUUCAUACUGUUCCUCUGAUCACAUGGGUAUGGUGGAUAUUUCAGAGCUUGCGCAAUAACACCAACCUGAUGAUACUGCGUCAGUCUCAGUGGCAGGGUCUUCGUCUGGCAUGCCAGAGUAGGAAAAAGACAGAUCCAAUCUAACCUAAGAGCAAAACACUAAUUUCAAGUCACAGUUUAGCCCCAAAAAAACAAUGUGUGUGUUAUUUAGAAAAAUAUAUGGCUCCCAGAUAUCUAAUGUGUGGAGAUUACCUGAGGGGUGAAUAUGUACUUGUACAGAUUGUAAUGUCUAAAAUAGGUGUUAAGGAGAUACUUCAAGAUCUGGGUCACGUCCUCAGAGCUGAACAGGCUGAUACUGAAGGGAGGCCUCUGUGGCAGGUAGAAAACAAUUUUAAUAAUGGUGAAAUGUAAGAGUUUGUCCAUGAAAAUGUCCAAAACACAAGACUGAAUUACAAUUCAUACAUUGGUGAGAUUGUGAAGUGUAUAUAGAACAUGUGGGAAUAAACAGUAUUGCCUCUUCGGAUACACAAACUCACCCUGACAGAGUGACAGAGCAGAAGUUCACUGCAGUAUGCGUAGCAAUGGCCCAUAUUGUUGAGUGGAGUUUCUGAACAAAGAAAUGCAAAGUUAUUAACAUUGCAGAGUCAAUGCUGCUGACAUAAAACUGUCUUUCUCUUACUAAAACAGCACAAGACCUAACUAUGAGCAGUAGCCCAUUACCAGUGUUAGCCUGAUGCAUGCUCUUGACGAUGGAGAGGAGGACAGAUGUCUGCUCCCUGUUGAAGUUGCUCUCUCUACAGAACAGCACUGUGUGGACAUAGAGCUCCAGCAGGACUCCCUUCCUCGGCUCAGGAAUGUUAACUCCCAGCACACAGCAUAGAGUUCUGAGUAAAAAGUAACCAGUUAACCACAAUGUCAGGGAUAUUGUGUUGUGUGUGUGGCCACAAACAAGGAUAGAGACCUCUCUAGCUCUGGUAUGGCCUUGGUGUUUUCAAUUUCCUCCAUGUCACUGUAGCUUACAUCUGCCCUGUGAACACACACAAAUAGAGGAUUUCAAUCGAAUUGUAAGCCUAUAACGUUAGUUUGCAGAAAAAUCUUGAAUAUACGUGCCCCCCCUACCAUAGCAAGACUUUUGGGUUCAGGGGGUCAGGUUCCUAUAAAAGAAAGUACUCAAUUAAUUAAGAUGUAUCUACAAUAUAGCAAUGGAAGAAAAAUGCCCCCAAUUGAGUAGCAAUGAAUUCGGGGCAUACAGCUACAGCUAGCUUGCUACUGUACCAAGAAAGCUAAAUGUCCAAGCUCUUUCAGUUGACAGCUAGCUAGCUAGCUAAGCUAACAUUAGUUGGUCAGACCCUCUCUUACCUUUAUUUUCCCAGCCAAAUUCAUUUCUCUGGUUAAAUAUAAAUUAAUAGAUUUGAAACUAAUUUGCAUCAGCAAAAAAAUGCUAGAAUGUUUUUUUGUUUACUCUAACGUGUCCUAGCAACACCGUUUUUUUCCCGGUGGCGCACCAACAGUAAAGAUUUCCCAAUGCAUUGCGCGCACAGCAUAAUAAACUCAAGCCCCCUCAUAAUACAUUCAAGCACAAAAGCUUGAAAUAAAUACUUUUCGCUGCUUCUGUGCUGUAGCAAUGUAAUUCGUUUGAAGUCUCAUAGAAAUAGAAGACCAAUAGCCUAUAAGGGAUGUAUUUGCUUCAUUAUAGCAAAUUAAUGAUAGGCUGCAAUCAAUUAAUAUGCCUACUUUUCGUAAAUAUGUAUGUGAAAUAAGUUAGAUAUCAAAUGCAUGACACAUUAUGCAAGUUUUUUAAUGCAUUUAUGUUUCUUCUUACACAUUAAACAUGACUCUUUCAAUGACUCAA